CACUUGCUCCAAGAGUUCCUGUUGCUCCCUGUGUUGGUUUUCCAGGCAGCUCCAGCCUUGGAGGGUCCCCAAGCAGUGGAUUCAGGGUGUUAAUUCCGUGGUUAAUUGCUGGGUUGAUGUUUCCAUGGUUGGUCUGCGGGGUGGGUUCAGCUCCAGGCUCGUGGUGUGAGCCAGGGUGGGACGUUCCUGGCUGGGGUUGGUGGGGACUGUGCCAGGCUGGGGCAGGACCCAUCAUCUUCUCACUCACCUGGGCAGUGCCAGAGGGGUGGCAGUGCCAGGGGGCUUCUUUGGUUUUUCCAGGGGGAUUUGCAGGAAAUGAGGGGAGCUGCUGUCCCAGGAUGGGCCUGAGCAGGGCAGGGUUGGGGGUAGGAGGGUCCCUGGUCCCCACGUGGGGGGAUAAACUCGAUUUUGCAGUGUUGGCUUUGAGCUGGUGGCUCCUUGGCCACGUUUUUGGGGGGGUGGUGUGUCCUGAGGGCAGGGUGAAGCAAGACUUGGAUGGUUUGAUAUGCCAGAAGUUGAUGGCCUUGAGAGAGAAGCGUUGGGUGCUGUGAUGAUGUCAAAAAGAGCUGAUUUUGGGUGGGGGGGAGGAAGGGGAGACCCAGCUCUGUGUCUGCCCCUGGAUCCAGAGGGGGGAAAAAUGUCUGCAGCACUUGGGGCUUCCCAGCAGCUUCGUGUGGGAAGAGCAGCCCCUUCUCUGCCACCAGGGAUGAUUUUUGUGUGGGAAGAGAAGAGCAGCCCCUUUCCCUGCCAUCACAGACAUUGUCAUUGGACCUCGAGGGAGUGGAGAUGUGGGAGAGGCCGUGGGAGCAGCACCAAAGGGUUAAGAAGCCCCGGGGAGCCUGGAGGGACUCACACCCCUCUGCCCAAUCCCGGGAAUCCCUCUGUGCUAAUUGAGCACUAAAGCAGAUCAAAGGCUCCAAUCAGGCAAUCAACACCCCCCUGGCCCGGUGUGUCCAGGCCCCCAGCCCGGGCUGCUGCUGCUCUUUGUCUGGAGAAGGAGAGCAGAGGAUGUGGUGGCUUCUCCCCAGCCUGGCCUGGGCUCUCCUGGGCCCCGUCCUGGGGACGGAGCCGAGCGUGCAGGAGAGUUUGCUGUUGAAAUCCUUGGGCCUGAGCGCCAAGCCCAGCCCGAAAAGCCCUGUCCCGGUGCCUCCCGUGCUCUGGAGGAUCUUCCAGAAGAGGAAGACGCCGCCCCCGGCAGACAAAGAGCCCCUGGACGCCUGUAGGGUGGAGGAAUUCAAUGUCCCCGGCAACAUCAUCCGCGUCCUGGCCGACCAAGGGACAGACCAAGGCCCCUUCAUCGCCGAGGAGCAGCCCCAGGGGUGGCUGUGCCUGCGGAAGCGCCUGCUCUUCAACCUCUCGGUGCUGGAGGAGGGCGAGCGCUUGACCAUGGCCCGGCUGGAGAUCAAAUUCCACCACAAUUCCUACCACCCUUCCCGCCAGGGGCAGGCCUUGGAGCUGAGGCUCCUCCGGGCCCCCCAGACAUCCCUGCCAGGGGUGCCCCAGCGCAGGCAGAGGCUGCUGCUGGAACAGUCCUUGGCUCAGCUGCACAAGUCUCUGCUCUUCGAGCUGAGUGUGGCAGCGCAGGCCGGGCGGGCGAGCGGCGGGAGCUUGGGAUUGACCCUGGAGAUCUCGGCGGGCGAGGGGGCCCCGAGGAGCCCCUGCUCCGGCGUGGACUCCUUCCUGGACGCCUCCCUGCUGGUGGUGACCCUGAGCCCGCAGUGCCAGGCCCCUCAGAGGAGGAGGAGGAGGAGGAGUGCCCUUCACCCCCCGCUCGCCCCCAGCAACCUGUGCAGGGCGCGGCGGCUCCACAUCAGCUUCAGCGACGUGGGCUGGGAGAACUGGAUCAUCGCCCCCCAGGGCUACCUGGCCAACUACUGCCGGGGGGAGUGCCCCUUCCCGCUGACGGCCGAGCUCAACAGCACCAACCACGCCGUGCUGCAGACCAUGGUGCACUCGCUGGACCCCCAGGGCACCCCCCAGCCCUGCUGCGUCCCCGUCAGGCUUUCCCCCAUCUCCAUCCUCUACUACGACAACAGCGACAACGUGGUGCUGCGGCACUACGAGGACAUGGUGGUGGACGAGUGUGGCUGCAGGUAGAGGAGGAGCAGGGGGGGUGAGGGGUGGGGGGAACAAAACCCCGUGCUGGUGUUUUGGGGAGUUUCCCGUCGGGGGGUGCUGGGAGAGCUCUUUGGGGUGGCGCGAAGGGGUCGUGGCUGGAGCUGUGGUUUAGGGCUGGAGUUGUGAUUUAGGGCUGGAGUUGUGAUUUAGGGCUGGAGUUGUGGUUUAGGACUACCUGGGUGCUGGGAUGGGAUUAUGAUCAAGGCUGGUGCUGGUUGCCCGUCCCCUGCUCCACAGGGGUGGUGGCACCAGGCUGUGAAUCCCAGACCCGCCCCGAGCCGCUGGUGCUUCAGGCUCCUCAGCUUGGCACCUUUCUGGGGGCACAAAGGGGUUUUGGGGGUGAAAUGGGGCUGUGAGGGGAGGAGGACAGAGGGAUGGUAUGGGGGCACAAGCUCUGUGUGACCAAAUCCAGGACUGGUGUGGGACACAGGUGGGUUUCUGUGCUGGGGGAGCUCAGUCCUGAGCUCUUUAACGCUGUGAUGGGGUGCUUUGGGAGGGCAGGGGUUACGUGGCCUGGGGGUGCUGGGUGGGCCCAAUGCAAGGGAGGUUUUGCCCCCCCAAAAACCCCCCUGGGAGCUGCAGGAUGGAUGUUGUGGCCGAGGAGGGGGGGCUGUGGUGGAGGGUGGGAAUGGGCAGGGGGUCGGUGGCAUCUUCUCCCCUCAAGUCAGUAUUAAUUUACCUCAUUUGCAAAUGGAUGAGCCCAGCAUGACCUCUGUCCCCGGGUGUCCCUCUGUCCCCGGGUGUCCCUCUGUCCCCGUGUCCCCCCCAGGUGGCAGCCGAGCACCAGGCACGGGCAGAGCUCUCAGGCCCUUGCGCAUUUUAGGGUUGUUUUCGGCUCAUUUGUCGCUCUCCGUGUGGGCCCCAGGCCCCUGCAGUGGUAUUUACUGCCCCUAACGAGCAGCCCCGGGCAGCAGGGACCCAAACCUGCCCCAUCUUCCCCUCAUUGACCACUUUCCUUCCGCUUCCCAGCGCGUGGGCUCCGAGUUUUGCAGCAGCUCGAGGUUUAAAUCCUGAAGUGUUUGUGUGUGUUUUAAAAGCCACCUCCAGCCCUUCAGGUGGGGCUUUGCUGACACCACUUUUGGGGUUGUUUGCUGGGUUUUUUUGUAGGGUUAAAAGGGGUGGGAACAGAACAGGAAUCCGAGUUAGACUUGAAUUUUUGCUCUUUUUUUGUUAACUGUGAACCUGCCCCCGUGGCCUGCCUUUCCUUUCCUUUGCUGUUUCUGUACCGAUGUUGUGUCUUCGAGGUCUGAUGAAGUUUUUAGCACCUCCCUUUCCUCCCCCCGGGAGAAGCACUGAGGGUUUAACCACUGGGGGGGGGGGUCCCUGUGAUGGUGUUUGGUUUUUUUUGCUUAACAACACCCCCUAAAAUGUGCAGCUGAAGACCAAGACUGGAGCAGCUCGAGUACUUUUAGGUGUAGCUUUACUAACCUUUUCCCACCCAAAGGGGUUUCCUGAGAGCUUCCAGGGCCAGCCCAGCCCUGCUCUGCUCCAGCUGAACCCAUUUCAGCCACUGGAGAUGUUCUAAUAAGGGCUUAGAGUAGGGCUGAACUCCGGGGACUCAAAUCCCAGGUUUAGGAUCAAGAGUUAAAAACAAAAAAACCUUCAAGUAUUAAUUGUUCUGUACCUGUGCUGGGGCCAGGAGGGGACUCCAACACCAUGAAGGGCAAAUGUCCCUCUCCUGCAGCCAGGCAGCCACUGGAGUCACCCUGGAGGAGCUGCAAGGAGUUUAUGCACAGCACAGGGUGGUGCCAAGACCUGGCCUAAGCCCCCCUCCCAGGGUGGUCCCAGGAGCCCCCCCAGCCCUGGGACAGGUAAAAGCCAUGUCCAUGUUUACUGCAGAGCAGGGGCAGCUUCCAGGCUGGACUGGGCCCCUCCAGCUCCAGCCUUUCCCAAAUCCUGGGGCUCCCACCCUGCAUCACAACCCCCCCAUCCCCAGGGCAGAGGGUUGGGGCAUUUACCAGUUUUCCCAGUUGAGUUUCUCCCCCUUCCCUCCCCCAUGCUAUGCACACCCCCCCCCCAACACUUUUGUACUAGUCUGUGUUUAAAAAAAAAGUAAUAAACUUGAAGUUUAUACAAUCAGACUAA